AUGGCACUGGUUGUGAUCUGCGGGCAGCCAUGCAGCGGGAAAUCAAAGGCUGCAGCCUGCCUUGCCGGUGCUCUUAAGGAGUCUGAAGCGAGACAAACCGUGAGAAUCGUUGACGAAUCCUCCCUUCAUCGUGGGCUGAAUGAAAGUUACUCAGGCAUGAUUCGUUUUAAUCUCUUUUUCUUAUCAGUGGUGAUAAUCUUCUUGUUGUUGUCAAUCGUUUCUUUCCAUUCCAGUCACCAAACUGACAGGACAUUAUUUUCCAAAAUGGGAUGCUUAUUGAUAUGAUAGCGUCACAUUAUAUGUCAAUUUAUUCAAAUCAUGAGUGUAAGUGAUGGUGAUCAAUAUAGCAAUUUUGCGCAGACUGAAUAACUGAUGCUUGACUAAUAUUAUUUCUGGAGGGAUUUCACGGAAAAAAAUCAGCUUAAUUUUUGAAAAUGUUUGUACCGUACAACAAUCUACUGAUACAUUAUGGAAAAAAGUCAAGCCGAAGUACAACAAAUUACUUCAUAUAUCUCUCACUCUCUAGAGAUACCCAUGCCAUGCGAGAAACGUGAUAUUGGCCCAAAGUCCGUGAGAAGACAACCCAAUCCUUGCAUUACUAUAAUCACACGAGGAUAGAGGAUCCAUUCAUAUGUAGUCUGUGAACAAUGAUUCUCAACAUUUUAAUGAUUCUUAGUUCGACAAACAUUCGUUCUAGGAUAGCUGGACGUCAUCGUAACCAUCCAAUCAUUCCAUCUCCAGAACAACGUUGGUGCCCUAGGAGGAUCUACCACAUGCACAUGUUGCUGCCAGGAAACUAAUAUUGGAAUAAUUAGAUGGAAAGCAAUCUCUCACGUCAUUUUUCUUACAGCAUUUCCAACCUAAGAGUAAUGAGGAAAACUAUUUUGGUACAUGGACUGUGCUCUCUUUAUUUAAUGUUUUCAGCUUUGUGCUGAAGCAUGAAGAUGGUAUAACGAGGAUAGGCGUUUAAAUGCCUGAAAAACCUGGCCGCUAACGGUGCCCUAUGUAUGGGCGUGUAAUCAUUUUCCUUCAGGUGGGAAAAGAGAAACGACAAUCACCUCAUUAGCUUCCUCAAUAUCCUGAAGGUUCACUACUUAUCUUUGAGGGAAGCUUUAGUCAUUUUUUCACAACUAAGCUUUAUUCUCCUUAGUAUAUUUGAUAAAUGGUAAUUUUAAGAUCCACGUUGGUGGAUGUAGAAGAGAUUGAAUUCCACUUGCUGAAAUAUGUCUGAAACUAUGCUGUUGUUCCAUUUUUCACCUUCUUUCUUCUUGCUUAUGUGGUGAAGUUCGUCUGUGAGGCGAGUGAAGUGCCUUUCAGUGAUGUUGUCAUCUAACAUGAAUUUCCCAUGCCACACAUUGCGCAUGCCUUUUGAUCCGUAUAUUUUCCAAAAGCCAUAAAGCUAAGUGGACAGGCCUUCUUCAUAGUGGGAAAAAAAAUUUCAUGUUAUAGAUUACUUCUCAUGUUUCGUAAUGUUGAUUGUAUACAUACUUUGUACUAGUGUAUAUAUUUUCUGGCAUUCAAUUAAUCCAUGAUUCACUUAUAUUUUAGAAUUAUCUAGUGUUUGUUAUGUCUAAUUCAACCAUACGCUGGACAUUUUAUCGUAGAUAAGGAUAUCUCUGUUAUUUUUCGCUGCAUUCUUAACUUUUGGGUAAUAAUCAAGCAUCAUUCUUCAUUCUAAAGAUUCAGCUAACUCUGUAUAAAGAGAACUACAGGUAAUGGAUUUAUGGUAUUUUGAAAUGAAGAUGAAAUAUGGCGUGCACAAGUUUUUGUGAAAGAAAAUCAUUCCUUCCAUGUUCUUUCAAAACAUUUCCUCAGAGAUUCGGCAUAGAAGUUGGUUGUAGAAAAGAAUUUUAUCCAAGAUAAUAGGACUGAACGGACGUCUUAUAAGGACAGUCAUUGUUUCCAACCAUGUGAAGAGUUCGAGAUAUUUUCUCUGCCCUUAUAGUUGAUAAGUUAGCUUGACGUUUCAGCCCUGAGUUAACGUUCAUGUUAAAUUUUUCAUUUAUCUAACAGAUAUGACGGCAGAGAAGAAUUUAAGAGGGGUGCUGAGAUCUGAAGUUGAUAGAUCCGUCUCAAAAGACAGCAUUAUCAUCGUGGAUUCGUUGAACAACAUCAAGGUGAGAAUGCUUAAAGGAUUCACACAUAUUGACUUGUGUUCAGUCAAAUUUUUUUUAAGCUCAUUGGCUCAUAUUGCCUUGUUUUAUUUGGAUGCACUAUACUCCCCCCUUGCUGAUCCUGUAUCAGUCAGUUCACUUUACACUCAUUCUUUAUUAACCAGGAAUUCAAGAAACAAUAAAUGUUUAUUUUAAGAGCCGAAAUUUUUUUCUGGGCUUUUUAUUCAGGUAGACGGUUUGCAAACCAUGCUUCUGUCACGGCAUUGAUUGUCCUGAAUUCAUUCCUGUGCUUGUUAAAAUGCUGAUGCAUAUUUUAUUUUUUACAAAAGUUUUGAAAACUUUGAAUCAGAAGAGUGGCUCUGUGAACAGACUUGAGAUAGAUGUAGAAUGGUAAAUCGAUUAUGUAUUGUCAGACAAAUUUUUAAGGAAUAGAAUUAUCUUUGAUGGUCAUAACUGAAUUCCAUUACAAUAUCCCCAUGUAUGUAAUCAAUUUUUUUGUCUCUUUGAAUUCUUUUUAAUAUAAAAAUUUGCACACAUGAUUUGUUAUCUAUCUAUAUAUAUGUUCUCUUUUUAUUUUUGCCGCAAAGUUAUGGAUAAUGUGGAACUUUUUUCUAUUUAUUUAGUUUACAAAUAUUCUUUGGUCAAUGAAGUAUUUAUCUUCUUAUUCUUUUUUACUCCCAUUUUUACCUGAUCCUUUUGAUUGCCUCUCUUAUUUUUAUUCUUCAUGGAAAAAAUAUUUCUUACUAGCUUUUUCUCUUAUACAUGAAGGGUUAUAGAUACGAGUUAUGGUGCCUUGCCCGAGCUGCUGGCAUAAGAUACUGUGUGGUAAUAUAUUCCGUUAAUCAUCUGUGUACACUGCAUUACUGUGUUUUUGUGAUUCACAUUAUUUCCGUCCAUGAGUUUUGUCCAUCCAACCUGAUAGAGUUGCUUUUUUUCCCCCAGUAAUAUUUUUUUUGUGAACCUUUCAUGAAGAAAAUUUCUGACCUGAGUUUCAUUAAACAUUCAAAAUAUCUCAGGAUACAUAUUGAAGUUAAACAUUUUGGUACACUUUCCUGUACUUGACCAUCUACCAUAAAUCAAAUACCAAAUACGAAUAAAAAUUUGAUAGAAUAUCUAUCUAUGAUAGGUACCGAAAUAUGAGGACAAUGUAAUGGAAUUAAUUAUAGCUAUUCAUCUAAGUUUCUAAUGAAAUAUCAAAUAUGAUAUUGAAUACUCUCUUUCAGUUAAGGGUAAAAAGUUACUCUGAGGUAAAUACAUGAAUGCUGUCAAUUCCUCACGGUCAAUUUCUAAUGAGGAUUCAGACAAUUUUUCUGCUCUUUGAAGGGACAUUAAUUAUAUUGUCGAUAAUUACAUGAUAUACUGUCGCUACCAAAGAAAGGUAGAUGUAAUUUGGAGUCAUAAUCGUAUGUAAAUGCCAAUCAGAAACAAGCAUUGCAGACUCCUCCUCACUUUGCAUGUAGAUGACUAUUGUCACUGUUUCCCUUGGUGAUCACUUCUAACUUAAUUUUUCUGUAUUCUUUUGUCCUGUCUAUUGCGUACUUGAAUGAAAAUAAGGAGAAUGUGAAGCAGGAAAAAUGCGAAACUAUAUUCCGUUGUUCUCAUCAUACAGAUUUUACGAUCAGAUAUCCUUUUUCUUUGUCGGCAAUUUUUUUAUCAGUUUCUUCCUAAUGCUCAGGUCAUUAUUGAACUAAAUAUUUAUUAGAUGAUUGAUAUUUAGCUUGGGAAAAAAUAUAUUUUGUGGUACUUACCGAUCUCAUUAAAUUGAAGUUCCAGACCGACCCUAGUUUCUAGAACUCCAAGUUCAAAUGAGAUAUUUAUUGUCUGUAUGGUUAUAGGGAUUAUAGAGUUGGUUCAUAUUUUGUAUCUUAUCAGUUUUGGUUGAGUGGUCAAGUUGUUGGUUGUUGUUGUUACUGAUAAUUGCAUAUUUCAUCUAACUAUCGACAGACAUUCCAAAUCCUUUUACAUAUGUCUUCAUCUUUCAGCUAUUUUGUGACGUGGAAGAAAACAUUUGUAGGCAAUGGAACAGGGAAAGAGGGGAACGAGGAGAGUCCACAUAUGAUGAAAAAAUGUGAGUAAAUGCUCUUUUGCACUCUUUCACCUCUGAAUUUGAACCUUAUUGAGUAUACAAGUCAUUUCUUACCUAUACAUAACUAGCUAUAGGACAGAUCUGUGUAUAUCACUGACUCCAGGAAGUAUGAAAUUGAUGUAUUCAUCCAAUAGAUUUUCAGACUUGGUGGGAAGAUUUGAGAGGCCAGAUAGGCGCAAUCGCUGGGAUUCGCCACUGUUUGAGCUUCUGCCAUUCAGAGGUAAUAUUUCGUAUGACAACGAUUUAUGUCUUGUUUUAUAUUUAUCAUAUAUCAUUUUAUGAUUUCUUUAUCUGUGCUUUACAUUAAAAAGAGGAUCUUUUUAUAUCAAUCAUCUGUGCUUUACAUAUAUCAUUUUAUGAUUUCUUUAGCUGUGCCCUGACAAAUAGGAUCUUGAUCGGUGCUUUACAUUAAAAAGAGAAUCAAUCGCCUAAAGAAUUCUCCUUAUAAGAUAAUCUGAAAUUACAGAGGCGACUGUCAUUUUUUUUAUAACUCCACCUCUUCUAUUUUCUAUUUCCUACUUCCACCUCUAACAGAUGAGAUUGAGGAGUCGUCUCCAGCAAUUGUUGAAGCUGUCUCAUACUUGACGAAGAAGAUUGAUUCAAAAUCAAGGGAUGUCAGAAUUCUCCAACCUACCAUUGCAACUCAAAACGUAAGCCCUGAAUCAUUCCUUUUGCUAUAAACAGGGUAUUUGCAGUAACAAAAUGGAGAUGAGACAAUUAUGCCAUCAGUUGGAUAAGUGAAUUGUGUUCUUUGGUUAUAGACCUCUAGAAUUCGUAUACAUAUGCCUCACGGAAGAUUUAUGUGGUAUCACCAGUUUUCAUAUUAUUAGAUUAUCUUCUCACUCACUUUGUGUAAGCAUUCCCCUGCGGAUCUCACCAGGGUCAACUGAUUUUACGGAAGAGCCCUAUUUCCGUUAAAAAGGCAGAAAGUGCUAUAUGUAAAAUAGUGUUAAUCAUAAAUGAUGAAAUUUACUGAAAUCGGUAAUUUUACAAUAAAAUAUUAAGGAUACAUAUACAAAAUCAACUUGUAAAAGGCCUCUGCCUGAUUCUGAUUCUUGUUAUUAUGCGUGGGUGGAAAGCAAGAGGGUUGCAUGGGGCAGAGACAUAGCCACCUACUGAGGCAUAGAUGUUCUCUAGUUGGUCGUUUAGCUAUCUCACUUGUCUCAGACGAUUUUGGAUUAUUUCAUGCUGAGGCCCAAAACUUACAGUACCCGAAACAACAACGCUUGGAGCCAGCCAGCAAAUUAGCAUUGCUUGAGGAAUGCGUAGAAUUUUGCUUUGGUCUGCUAAUUUAUUUUCUCAGGUUCGUUGACUCUGAGAAACACAUUUGUCAAAUGAAGUUUUUGGCUAAUAUUCUCGAUUGUGUGUGUGAGUGUGUGUCAUCCAUUUCAUACGCAAAGAAGUGUGCACUUAUCUUUCAUUGCUCUUCUUAUUUCCUUUUCACUUAUCAUUUCUUUUUAUUCCUGCUAAUGGGAUGCAAGUUUCUUUGUUAGAAACUUUCUGACUUGUUGAAAACUUGGUUUAGGUGCGGACUACGGAGGCAAAUUCUUUGUACGAAAUGGAUCGGGCGACACAAGUAAUAACCAAAACACUUGUUAGGUCGCCCUGUUAUUAGAUGUACUAACUAUUUUUUCAUCUACAGGAGGUGAUCUCGGUCAUUGUAGAAACACAGUCACAGGGUUUUGGGGGAACGGCUAGCAGGAUCUCAUUUGGCCAGCAUCUGCCCACUAUAUCCUUUCUUCAUCUGUCGCAGGAACUUCCCCUUCUUAAUUUAGAAUGGCCCACAAUGCCAUAUUAUUCCUCUCUGAAAUGAAAGUCUCUAUACUAAUCAGAUUACAUUGCCCAGUUAUGACUAACUGUCUAUCCAGCUUUACGUGUUUUUGCCAAACUGAUACAUAUAGGUUGUUGUUAUUUGGGGGGGAGGGGAAUCAUAUUGGACAGACUGCUUUGGUUACAGUAAUCUGUUACAUUUCUGGAAGUCAACCCUUACUCUUAAGCAAUGAACUCUAUUCUAGAAAAUCCUUGAAAAUUGUGUAUUUUCUUCAUGUAUUUCCCUUAAAUUUUGAAUAUGAUGCUAAUGUUAGGGGGUACCAAUCGGAGGUACAGUUGACCUAUUAACGUUAUAGAAAACUGCAUUUGAAGGUUGCAAUAGAAAUUUUACUAUGGACAUUGAUAUUUUCUGGAUGUUUCUGUGUUCUUCAGUGUUUUUUUUCUUUGGUGAACCCUUGACCAGCACUCACCUCAGUGUUCAAAGAUCUGUGGGUCUACCAGAGCUCCGCAACUUGAGGCGCACAUUCAUCAAAUUAACUGGACAGGCGAGUUUGAGCGGUCCACCCCCUCCCACUGAUGCAGACAGUGCGAAGAGGAUGUUCAUCGAGUACUUGAACAGGGAACUUGCUCAUUCUUAG